AUGGAAGUGGAACAAUCACAAAUUGUCAGUGAAGAUGUUGCUCAUCCACUUGAACAAGAGCAAGAAGUUCAACAAAUACAAGGAGAAGGGUUGUCAUCAUUGCCACCAAGUGCACUAAUAGAGGUAAGCAAAAGAAAACCCUCUAGAAAACCUUCUACAGUUUGGAAAGAUUUUAAAAGGGUUAAUGAUAAGGCUAUAGGUAAGUAUUGUGGGAAACAAUAUGCUGCAAAUAGUGGUAGUCAUGGCACUACUAACAUGCAUAAACAUUUGAAAGUGUGCCUGAAAAAUCCAAAUAGGGUAGUUGAUAAGAAACAAAAAACUAUAGCUAUUGGAAAAGAAAGUGAGGAUGAUCCUAAUAGUGUUAGCUUGAAACUUGUUGAUUUUAAUCAAGAGAGGACUAGAUUAACACUUGCAAAGAUGAUAAUCAUUGAUGAGCUCCCUUUUAAAUAUGUUGAAAAUGAAGGAUUUAAUAUGUUCAUGAAAGAGGCUCAACCAAGAUUCAAAAUUCCAUCUCGUGUCACUGUUGCCAGAGAUUGUUUAUGCUUGUACUUCGAUGAGAAAGAAAAAUUGAAAUCUAUGUUGUCUGCUAAUAAAAAAAUGGUGUCUCUUACCACUGAUACUUGGACAUCGAUUCAGAAUAUGAAUUAUAUGUGUGUUACAGCUCACUAUAUUGAUGACGAGUGGAAUUUAAAGAAGAGUAUAUUAAGCUUUGGUAUAAUUGCUGACCAUAAAGGUGAAACUAUAGGGAUAACAUUAGAGAAUUGCAUGAAGGAAUGGGGUAUCAAGUCUAUAUGUUGUGCCACACUUUCUUUUUCUGGGUCAUUGCAUGUUACUGCUAACUCUUUUUUCAAACAGUUGAUGGAUAUUAAAAAAACGUUGAAUAAAUGGAGGCACAAUGUUAGUGAUCCAAUUUUGAAAACCAUGACAGCAAAUAUGCAAUUGAAGUACAACAAGUAUUGGGAAAGCAAUACAAUAAAUUAUCUUCUCUUUGUUGCUAUUUAUCUUGAUCCUCGUUAUAAGCUUGACUAUAUUGAAUUUUGUUUUACUCGGAUGUAUGGUGAAAAAUUGUCAGAGGAUAUGUUAAAGAAAUUGAAAUCUCUCAUUGCUAAAUUGUUUGAGCACUAUUUAUUUUUGUAUCCUGUUUCUCAUGAUGGUGGUUCCAAUGCCUCAUCUUCAAACAUUGCCUCUCAUUCUAGAAUUGAAAAUGGUGAAGAUGAUGAAGAUUGGGACAAUUUGUUUAGAAUGAAUAUGAAGAAAAAACAAUGUGAAGUGCAAAAAAAUGAGUUGGAAAGGUAUUUGGAGGAUGGUGUUGAAGAUGAUUCUCCUACAUUUAAUAUUCUCACUUGGUGGAAAGGAAAAACAAAUAAAUAUCAUGUGCUUUCCCGCAUAGCUAGAGAUAUAUUGGCUAUCCCUGUAUCCACUGUAUCUUCUGAAUCCGCUUUUAGUACAGGAGGUCGUGUCCUUGAUUCAUUUCGUAGUUCCUUGAAUCCCUCUACCGUUGAAGCUUUGAUUUGUACUCAAAAUUGGAUCAAAUCUCCUAAGGUCAUUGAUUUAGAAAAAGAGUUGGUUGAAUUGGAAAAGGUUGAGUCAGAGUUAGCUGGAUUAGUUUCUAUUGAUGUUGGCAUUACUGCGGUUGAGCUCAAUACAACUGUUACUACUAGAUUUUAA